AGAUUUCUCACAGCGGUUUCAACUUGAACAGUGGUGUUAUUUUUUUCACUAUUCAGUUUUUCUCACACUUUCGAAAUUCUCAGAGUUAGAAGAUGAGCCAGUCACCACCCCCCUCGCGAGAAGUCUGUGAGGAGGAGCAGAAGAUAAGAAUCGAUUAUCGACGCCGAAGGAACGCAAAGUUUAAACGCAAACCUGUUCACGGUCUUUGUCUCUUUUGCAACUUGAAAUUUCCUCGCGAUCAUAAACUACGAUUUCGGAGGGGCGAGGCAUCAGAUGACGUCAAAUCAAAGUUUAAGAGGACUUUUGCCUAUCUAGCGUCAGAGUUGGGUGUACAAAUUGAUGCAAAUAAUCAUAACACGGAGUUCAGUUUCAUCUCCGACAAUGUCCCCUUAUGCUACAAAUGUGGAGUGCUAUUGGAUCAAGUGAACUUUCUUUUUCUAAAAUUACAAAGUGCCAAGAUCCAAUUGAACAGUUUGGUCAAGAAGAUACGGGAUUUGGUGGUGAACUCUAGGUCGUCCAUAACGAAGAUUUACACUGAAGAGGACGCUGAGAAUGAAAGUCAUUUCAAUGCUUUUCGAAGGCAGGUGGAGGUUAAGGGGCAAGCUGCACACCCAUGUGAUCUAAAGAUUAGUCUUCCUGACAUUAAACUGGCGAGAUUAGAUCCUCUCGAAGUCGAGCGACACUGUCGUCGUGAGCGAAUUGAAAUAGCAUCGUCGGAGGAGUUGCAAAUUGACGAGUUCAACUUGUCUUGUUUCGUUGAAGACGAUAUUCAUUUUGUUGAUCAUUUUGGUUCCAUGGACGACGACGAAGAUGUGAAACCCGAGGUGAGUGGAGUUGCAGCGUACGACAUUCCAAGACUCGUAAGUGUUACUAGUGUGAUCGAGAACGAAGAAAUACUCACCACACAUGUUCAUGAAGGAUCUCCAGUAAUCCAAGUCAGUGAUAUAAUUGAGCCAACCCCACAAAUAGCCCAAGAAGUUACACUUUCAAUUACCUUGCUGGAAUCAUCAUCAGAAACCCCACCAGUCCUGUCGCAUCCUACUGCAUCAAGUUCAAAUAUACCCACAUCCAUUGCUCCAGAGCAGCGAAAGAAACGACAGCGGACAAUUUAUCCUAAAUCUGACGAUGAAAAUUCUUGCAAACUUUGUAACAUUUAUUACAAACACCAAAAACCUCUGGCCGAGCACUAUCAACAAGUUCAUCCAGGCUUAUUUCCUAGAAAAUGCUCGGAACCUGGUUGUGACUAUGGAACUUUUUUUCCCAAUGGAAUCAGGAAACAUUUUAUAUUAAAACAUGCGUCAGAUAUGGAAAAAGAGCUAAAAAAGACUCUCAGUUGUGACCAAUGUGGGAAAAAGUUUUUCGCUCGGAAGAAUUUAGCCUAUCAUAUUCGUAUGCACACUGGUGAGAGGCCAUUCAUAUGUGAGAAAUGUCAAAAAGGUUUCAGAUCUCAGCAAGCCAUGGAGGUUCACAUAUUCCGGAUUCAUGAAAAUGUUAGAAAUUUUGCUUGUCCUCAUUGCACCUGGAAAUUUAAGGAUCAUGUUAGUCUUCGUGGUCACAUUGCUAUUCACACCGGCGAAAAAAAUCACGUGUGCCAUAUAUGUGGAGCCAAAAAGAUUCACAAACAUGCGUUAAAGUCACAUUGGCAAGUUCACAUGAAGAAAGGGGACUGGGUUGAGCCUCCAGACUUCAAUAAAAGGAGAGGUGGAUGGGUCAGAAAAUCAAGAAAGCAACCGCAACCAGAAACAUCAUUGCAGACCCUGCCAAUUACGCCUAAUAAUCAGCCAACUUCGGAAGAAUUAGAUCAGUAAACGUUUGGAAUCAUUCGUUUCAAAUAGUUAUGCAUUAUGUUGUCUUUUAUGUUUGUCACUUACUUAUAACUAGUUUACUGAAAUUGUAUUACACAUGUAAGUCAUGAGAUUUUCAUAAUGGCAAACUAAAAAUAUGUUACAAAAAACAAGUUCACGAGAAUUAUCACAAUUGACUAAUUAUUAAAUAAAUAUAUUAAUCAGA